AUGCCCCGCGCCCCUCUCCUUCGGAUUCCAUAUACAGAUCCCUUACCCGCACCUCGCAUCAUUCCCGCAAGCGGCACUACAAGCAGUGGCGCCAUUGCCGCUCUUGUAGACUUUUUAUCGCCAUGCCUGCCUUCCCGAUCGCCUUCUUCGCGUCCUGCAUUUACACCCCACAAUGCCCGACCAGCAAAAACACUUCUCCUCACCGGCGCAGGCAUAUCCGUAGCAUCGGGCCUCGCAGACUACCGCGGCGCAAACGGGACGUAUACGCUCAAUAAAACGUACCGCCCGAUUUACUACAAUGAGUUUUGUGAGAGCCACGAGACGAGGAAGAGGUACUGGGCUAGGAGUUUCAUAGGGUGGACGAAUCUUGAGCGUGCGAGGGCGAAUGCGGCGCAUGUGGCGUGUAGGGAGUUGGGGAGUUUGGGGGUUGUUGGGGGUGUGAUUACACAGAACGUUGAUUCCUUCCACCCAACCACACACCCCCACCUCCCCACCAUUGAACUCCACGGCUACCUCCGCAACCUCGUCUGCCUCACCUGCCGAAACGAGUACUCUCGACGGACCUUCCAAUCUCAACUUUCACAUCUAAACCCCUCGUGGGCGGCGUUUCUAGCAGAAAUGCUAGAGACGGGCGCGCUGAAUACUGAGAAUCCGCUUGAGCGCCGCAAAAGAGGGCUCAAGACGAAUCCGGAUGGCGACGUGGAUAUCCCUGAUGCCCCAUAUACUACCUUUCGCUACCCCGCGUGUCCUACGUGCUUGGAGAAGCCGCCGAGGCGGGCGGAUGGGAGCGAAGUUAGUGUGCAGGUUGAUAAGGAUGGGGCGUGGGAUCCGCGCAGUGAGGGUGGGGUACUGAAGCCUGCAGUGAUCAUGUUUGGAGAGUCUAUUCCUGCGGCUACCAAGGUGGCGGCUGAGCAGGCUGUUGAGGCGGCGGGGAGAGUGCUGGUGAUUGGAAGUAGUCUAGCUACGUAUUCUGCGUGGCGGCUUGUCAAGAAGGCCAAAGAGAUGCAUUUGCCGAUUGGUGUGCUGAAUAUGGGUGGAGUACGAGGCGAAGAAACUUUUUUUGGCGAUAUAAAAGAUGGGCAUGCAACAAGGGAUGCGGUACGUUUGAGUGAGAAUGCGGAACAGAUUCUUCCGAGUGUUGUGGGCAUUUUACAGCGUAUGCAAGAAAAGAAUUAG